CUGGUCUGUCGGAUAGAAGAUGGAGCUGUCUGCUGUGGGGGAGCGAGUGUUCGCCGCCGAGUCCAUCAUGAAGCGACGGGUCCGCAAGGGUCGAAUUGAGUAUUUAGUCAAGUGGAAAGGAUGGGCCGUCAAAUACAGCACCUGGGAGCCCGAAGAAAACAUUUUAGAUGGCCGCCUGAUCUCCGCCUUCGAGCAAAAGGAACGUGAAAGAGAGCUCUACGGCCCAAAAAAGAGGGGACCAAAGCCAAAGACCUUCCUUUUGAAGGCUCGUGCUCAGGCUGCAGAAGCAGUCCGGAUUUCUGAAUUGCACUUCCCUGCUACUGUUAAGUCUCCCUCUCACUCCCAUACGCCUAAUCACUCCACACCGCAUCACCAUCACAACCACCGUCAUCAUCAUCCAACUUCUACUCCAGCUAUUUCGGCCAAGCUGCACUCGGGGGCAGCAGCUCAUAAGCUCAAGAAGGACAUCCGCCGCUGUCACCGCAUGUCUCGCAGACCACUUCCAAGGCCUGACCCUCUUGCUGGUGCUGGCACCCAUUCAAUCUCUUCUUCAGGGACAAUUGGGGGUCCUCAACUCCUCCGUCCUCCUGUGUCCCCCUUUUCUGAAACAGUAAGAAUUCUAAAUCGCAAGGUCAAGCCCAGAGAGCCCAAGAAGGGGCGUAUCAUCCUGAAUCUUAAGGUUGACAAAGGAAAUGGGACCAAUAAUAAUAGCGCCAUAGGUGGGACAACAAGCGGCAAAAUUUCCCCCAGGAACCCCCCUGGACGUCCAAAAAUUCCUUCGCGCAACCGAGUUAUUGGCAAAAGCAAGAAGUUUUGUGAAAGCAGCAUAACAAUGAGGGGAGCCCCUGGCCAUAUGAAGUUUGCAGGGUUCACUCUCUAUGGGAAACACACUUCACCUCCCAUUUUAAGUUCAGGGUCUCAUUCCUUGCUUCCUAAUUCAGCAUCAGCUUCCGCAGUUUCUGGGCGUCACACUGCUCUUAUUACUUCAAAUGUAAUGGGACAUCCUCCUAUUUUGCCUUCUGUCAACCAGUCUCCGGCCAUAGCUGGCCCCACUUCUAACACAACGGCAGGCCAUUACCAAGGAAGUUCUCCCUCUUCCAGCAGUUCAGCGUCCACGUCCUCAUCAAGCAGCUCUUCAAGUUCUAGCAGCAGCUCCUCCAGUGGAUCCGACUGUCCUCCAUCCCCUCCACACAUUCAGCCGCCUUCUGCGGUGCCAUCGCUUACUCAUCCUGAAUCGCCGCCACCACCCAAAUUGAGUCCACAGACUGAUGUCGCAGGCUCAAGGCCGUCGCAGCACCUUUCCACAUCAGAUGAAGAGGAUCUUGAUCAGGAUGACGACGCAGAGGAUGAAUCUAGAGUUUUAGAUCUUUCGGUGUCCCCAGAAUCUUCUGGAACUGCUACAAGCAAUAAAAAACACUCAUCUCCUGUGAACAACAAUAAGGAUCUCCAGCUUCCACCGUCCCCCUCUUCACCGCCCGCUUCCGCUGAUGUUACCUCCACAUUUGAAGCUGAUCCUGACUGGCGUCCAGAAAUGGCUCCUUGCUGUGCCAACGUGGUAGUGACAGAUGUCACCACAAAUUUGCUAACAGUCACAAUCAAGGAGUUCUGCAAUGCACAGGACUUUGAAAAAGUGACCACUGGGACCAAACAGUGAGGCCAACAGAAUGAGGAGCCAGGCAGUAAGCAACAGGGUUUCGCCAGGCUGAAAGUUCUACAUCUGAAGCAGAUGGAGUAUCUUCCUGUUCAUCGUCCUGCAAGGCUUACUCUUCAAAGAGGCUUCAACAGAUUAUUUCUGUGAGAUGGUGCAAUUGGGGUUCGGGAGGGUGUUUGGGUUGGGUUUGGGAUGUUGUUAGUUUUCCAGUGGUUGUCUUUGCUUGGCCCAUUUUUGUUUAGCAGUAUGGGCUCAUUAGAUUAGUGAGGCCACCUCCUUUUCUUCCUGGCAUCAGAAAAGUUCAUUCCUAGCUGCUGCUCAAUUCCUGCCUUGGCCUCCCCCCCUCCAUCCCUGACCUAUUGAUAUGAGGUCUGGUCAGAUCACAGCAUCCGCCCUUAUCCAGGAGAAACCGGAUUCUACGAGGCAAGUUCAAGUGGUGAUCUCAUCAGGCCAACCGCAACAGGGGAAGGUGAACCGAGUUGAGCUGAGCUCUUCUGGCCGUACCUGUUAAGACAGUCGCUGAGCUUAUUGGAUCCUAAUGCAGGCACCCAUCGUUGGGAAGCUUUUUCUCAGCUUAAGCCAUUUUAAUAUAUAAAUAUAUAUUUUUUUUGGCCAGUGCAACACAGGUGACCACUUGGAUACAAAUCAAUAAGAUUUUAAGCUGAAUGGGUAUCAAAUGCCCAAGUUAUAGUGUAAAAGACAAGAAAAGCAAAAUGAAAUGCAUCCUUUCAUCCAUGUGAGUGGUUUGCCAGCUGCUGCGGAGUUCGUCUCUGGUUUGACUGGCCUCUUCAAUAAAUACUGGUGCUAACCAGAAACCGCCUUGAGCUACAACCGUCCACUGGUAACUUGAUGCUUCAAAACAUAUGGCAAAAAAAAAAAGACUUUAUGUAAAACAUGGAGUUAAGAGAUUAAGGACAAAGAAAAAAGAGAGAAUGUAUAUAGAAGCACAGCGACUCCACUGUCGGGUUCCCCUCCGUGAUCAAAUUUGGAUGAUUUUUUUUUUUUUUCUGUUUAUCGUGAACAUUAUUGCCACUCGUUUUUAAACGCAGGCCUUGUAAUUGUUUUUUUGUUUUUAUUGUGAUCAGCUGCCUCUUAGCACUUAGAACAGAAAUACGAAUGCACUUUUAGGGAGAUAAACUUUGAACUGUUCCUGUUGUCAUUUGCUCUGAUUGAAUGAGGUUGGGAAUACGUCCAAUGGUUUAAAAAAAAAAAAAAGGGGUCCAAGGGCUGCGGGUUGUCCAUCCCACUUCCUUUAGUCACUGUAGUGUAUCAGACAGUCCUCUUCUUGCAUCAUUGUACAGCAACGGUUAAGAAGUGGACGAAGAUGAGAUGAAAGGUUUAACUUCCUACACUCUGUGCUGAUGAUGGUAGCAGUUCAAUGGUGCUUUAUUUGAUAUAGCAAUAUUGAAAAGGGAUUUCAAGGACACUGAAGUACAUGGGAAGGGAAAGGGAGUCGCUGUGUUUCUCGCACUUCUGUCAGUUCAUGGGGAAUGUAAAUUUUAAAACCGGCCCAAGUCAAGUGCUGAAAGCUUAAGAGCUUUCAGUUCACUCACUGUGUUUAUUAUUAUUAUUAUUAUUAUUAUUAUUACUACUAUUAAUAUAAUUAUUUUUUGGUUUGCAUGCAGGAAAGAAAUGGCAGUGUGGUGUUGACCUCUUUGGUUUACUUCCUGUUUGUUUGAGGGUCACUACAUGGCUUCAACAUUUUGUCCAUCUCUGUGCAUUGAAUUUUGAAGAGCCUUCAAUUCCUUGUAGCACUGGACUGUAGACGCAUGGUGAUUCGCAGUCGUUGUCGGUUUUUUUUAAAAAAGACUUGUUAAAGACCAAAGAUUAAAAAAAAAAA